AAAAUUAUCGUUAAAAUUUGUGUAUAAUUUUUAAAAUUAAUAGAGGGAUCGGAGAGAUCAGUGAGUGAGUGAGUGAUGGAAGGAGUUGGGGCCCGACUCGGUAGGACCUCGACUCGGUACGGCCCGGCCACUGUGUUCACUGGGCCGGUUCGGAAGUGGAAGAAGAAGUGGGUCCAUGUAGCUCCUUCUACUAAGGACAACCACAACAACAGCCACAACAACCACAAUCAUUCUCAUCAGAUUCACAAUCACAGUGGCGCCACCGUGACCGCCACCGCCAACGGUACGAGUAGUAACGGUAAUAACGGUUCUCAUCUCUUGCUUUACAAGUGGACCCCAAUCACUCAAAGCCAGAACACCAAUAACAACAACAACAACAACAAUAACAACAACAAUAGCAACAGCAACAAUACCGUUAAUGUGGGGAACAAGAGUGACGUGGCGGCUGCCCUGGAGGAACCACCUCGUCGUAAAAUCAGAUACAUUCCGAUUGCUGUUCUAGAGGAACAGAAGAAUGAGGAUGCAGAAAACGAGGCUGCAGAACAGGUUGAUGAUGAUGAUGAUGAUGAUGAUGAUGAUGAUAAACAAAUUGAUAUUGAUCCUAAUGCAACAGAGUCAACAGCAAGGGUUGAGGUUCUGGACGAGAAACCUGACAUUAAUGACGUGCCAAUGGAGGAAAAUCAGGACAAUAAUCAAUUAGUACGCCAAGAUCUGAAUGAGAGAACUUUGGAUUUGAGUUUAGGCUUGAAGGCACAUGAUGAUGACCAUGAUCCUGAUUCAAAAACUGAUUAGACCAGAGAUGGCCAGUAGAAAAGAGAGAAGGCAAGUAGUGUUGAGACAUGAUUCCAUCUUUGGGUUUUUGGAUGCUGAGACACGAGAAACCUACUUGUUUACAGACUCAAUUUUUUCUUGUUUUUUUAUUUUUAUUGAGCCACUGGCUGUCUGAGGUUAAAGUGUAUUUCAGUGGCAUAUGCAUGUACUUUAGUCCUAAUUUGAUUCUCCCUUUCUGAGCUGAUUGCAGUUUCUACCGAUUUGGUUUUAGGAGAAAAUACAUUAAUUAUUUUUUUAAUCAUUGGAUAAUAGAUUUUUUAUUUUGUUCCUCUCCAGCUUUGUCUGAGAACUUCUGAGUCUUGACAUGCUGGAAUUACAGUGAAAUGGAAAUUGAAUGAAUCAUCUUCUCAU